AUGUCCUCUCCCACUAAACUCAUUGAUAUGGAUUCGCCUCCAGUAACAACUUUUGUCUCAUUGUCGAACUCUCCCGAAAAUAAUUUUAGUUCAGUUAAUUCUAUCUCAGAAUUCAGACUCCCAACUUAUGGAGCUAAUAAUCCCAGAGUCUGGUUUGCUCAAAUUGAAGCUUUAUUCAUGGCUAGAGGCAUAAGAUCCCAGGCAUCAAAGUAUGCAUACGUAGUCGGCGCACUUCCUAUCGAGAUUGCCGCUGAAGUUGGUGAUUUAAUCGAUCACGUGCCAGAAUCUGAACCAUAUGAUAAGAUAAAAGCAGCAGUUAUUCAACGCACCACGGUCUCAGAUGAGAAAAGGCUACAACAGUUGUUAACAUCUUGUGACUUGGGUGAUAAAAGACCCUCGCAACUUCUCCGCCACAUGAAACAACUCGCCGGUCCAUACAAGCUAGACGAAGCCCUCCUAAAGCAAAUGUGGUUUCAAAGAUUACCACACAGCGUUCGACAAAUUCUCAGUGUUUCAGGGAAAUCCGUCGCACUUGAUGACUUAGCCGACAUGGCAGAUAAAAUGAUGGAAGUAUACCACGACAAUCACUGUGUGAACUCAUUGCAACCACCUGGACCAACAGAUAUUAGCUGUUUAGCCUCCUUUCAAAAGCAGUUAACACAAUUAACGAGCCAGCUGGCGUCACUUCAAUCGACCAUAGCAACCAUCCAAACUAGACAAUCGAGAUCCCCCUCCAGACGAAGAUCUUUUUCUAGACAACGGUCUCGGUCACCGAAGCGAACAUCUGAUGUUUGUUGGUACCACCAAAAAUACGGCACCAAAGCACGGCGUUGUACACGACCGUGCACAUUUUCUGCGUCUGACACAGAAAAUCAGGGAAACGACCCGGCCAGACAGUGA